AUGGCCCUGGUCGACCACCUCUCACUUCCCUGCCCCCAUCAUCUCCUCGAAGAUGAAAUCCACUUCCUCACCACUGCCUUUGCCUGCCUUGACGUCAAGGAACUCACGCGACCCGUGCCCUCAGUCGUUGGCCUGGGCCGCGGUAUGCCCGACAAUAAGAUUGUGGAAGACGAUGGAACCAAUAACGCUUUUCUCUGGGUGUUCUCUGAUGCGGCGCCUGGAGCGACGCCGCUGGGCGAGGGUCAGGCAGUCAGCAGCAUACAUCUGGCCUUGAAAGCACAGAGUCGCAAGCAGGUGCAUGAAUUUUAUGACGCGGCACUGAAGGCUGGUGGAAGGGACAACGGACCCCCGGGAGAGAGGUUCUAUCACAAGGGGUACUAUGCGGCGUUCGUGUACAGUCCAGCGGGGCACAAUGUCGAGGUUGUUAUUCGUGGGCCGGAUGUUGAGUAG